AUGCCAAUCAACCCCGGCCGCAACCCAACAAAUCCCAGCCGCACAGCCCACCCAGGCAGAAAGAAUGAGAAAGGUGGAACGAAGGAGGCAGAAGGAGGUGCGAUAACACCCAAGAGGGAGAAGAAGGAAAGAAGGAGGAACACCGAGAUAAAAACGGGGAAGAAGGCGCGGCGAUCCCCAACACCCCCACGGCGCCAAGGGGAGACUCCUGUAGGGCCGAAUGCGCGACCCAAUACCCCCGGCAGCCGCGAGGGCGAGGAGACCGCCGCCUUGCACCACAGAAGCCGGGACAAGCAAACUAACCAUAGUCAGUACGAGCGCGCAACCGCGCGACCCUGGCCAUCAGGAGAGGGCAGGCCUUAUCCCCAGUCGGGUGAGAACUGGGGUGGCCCGCGCGGCGACACUCGUUGCAGCACACAGCAGCAUCCCCCAGGCGCACCGUACACUGCUCACCGAGGUGCGGGCCCGCGCAGCGCGUGCACACCGCCCUCUCGGGAUGCUGCCGAACAGGGCACGAACGGCGGCCGUGACCAUAGGUAG